AUUGUUUCAAGAAAAAAUCCAGAGGAUGUCCAGGAGAUAGUCGUUUGGAAGAGAUACAGUGACUUUAAGAAACUCCACAAAGAUCUCUGGCAAAUUCACAAAAACCUGUACAGACAUACAGAGCUCUUUCCACCUUUUGCCAAAGCAAUAGUAUUUGGGCGAUUUGAUGAAACUGUAAUUGAAGAAAGAAGGCAAUGUGCUGAAGAUCUCUUGCAGUUUUCUGCCAAUAUCCCUGCUCUCUAUAACAGCAGACAGCUUGAAGAGUUUUUUAAGGGUGGAGAGGUCCAUGAUGGCUCUGAACUGAUUGGUCCUGUUGAACCUCUGUCUGACUCUCUGACUGACAACCUGUCUGACUGCAGCUCUGAAGUUCGAAAGGAUUUAACUGGGCUUGAUGAUGUGACGCUUACGAGCCAAUCGGAAUGUGGAGGCCUCUCCAGUGACAGUGACUUGAUAUCUCUGACAGUUGAUGUAGAUUCUCUUGCUGAGUUAGAUGAUGGAAUGGCAUCCAACCAAAGUUCUCCCAGUAGAGCUGUUGGCCUUUGCAUUGCUUCUGAACCCCCAGUACAAAGCACUCUGGCACCUGAGCAGGAGUGGAGCAAACCCGAAGGAGAGAGGGAAAGUCAUGGUUUGUUUACUGGAAGCUUAAAACCCAAGCCAGGCAAACAAGAUUACUUGGAGAAAGCAGGCGAGUUAAUAAAACUGGCCUUGAAGAAGGAGGAGGAAGAAGAUUAUGAAACUGCCUUAAGCUUUUAUAGAAAGGGGGUUGAUCUGCUUCUGGAAGGUGUUCAAGGUGAAUCAAGUCCAACUCGUCGAGAAGCAGUGAAAAGGAAGACUGCAGAGUAUCUAAUGCGUGCUGAAAAAAUUUCCAGUCUCUACCAUAAAUCCUCUGAAGAUGUUUCUAUG